AUGGAGGUCAAAAACUAUGAGGGAGGCUCCAAACUUAUUAAUGUUGAAGAAAUGCGUAACGAACUUAUCGAUUUGAGGAAGGCUACCUUUGAUCGGCUCCAACUGCAGCGGUCAAGAUCAGCCACUUCAAAAGGGAAAACUAAAAUACCCGACGAUCUCAAACCCUCUUCAGAGUUUUUCUGCGAUCCAACUCUGUUUUCACUCUUACGAGUCUAUCAUGAGAGCCAAGGUCCACCUCCACGCGAUAAAAAGAAAUCAAGGUCCGCGUCCGUCAAAGACGACGCUAAAGAGGAAACAAGUAUAGAUGUCAAUCCAGAAACAGAUACAAAGAAGAAAAGCAUACGAAAAUCGCAAGCAAAGGAUGUUAUGCCUGGAAGAUUGCUAGACGAAGAAGAUGAAGUCAAAGACAUUCAAGAUCCGCAUGUGCCGAAAAAACGACAAUACCUCGCCAGCAAUAGGAUGCCGGCUAUCCUAUUCAACGCAAAAAAAGCCAGGCUACAGUCCAAUGAAAGUGAUAAUCACAGCAAUGAAUCUGCAAGUGUAAACGAUGCCGACAUGCCUAGCAACAUACUUGAAAACUCCCCAUAUCCAUUAAGUGAACUUGAUUCUGAAAGCGUCACUCCUUUGAAUGUAGAAAUAGAAUCCCCAAGUGCAUCGGCAACCCCAUUGGCUUUACCACCGACCUCUUCCAGACCCAUUACAUAUGUGGCUCCAGCCGACACUCCGAAUCAAGAUGAUGACCGCACUACUAGUGAGGAUGAAUCUGAAAUUGAGCAGGAGGAAGUAAAUGAAGGUGAUCAAUCGGACGGAGAGGCAGAAGGCAAUAGUCUGGAAGCUCCACCAGACGACCCUCGUAUUGCCAAAACGACACUAGAAACACGGUAUCUGGAAAUGGCAAAUCUACUGGACACCAGCGUACUGACGACUUUGAACCCUUCCAACAGAUUAAGUGUGAGUGGAUCACAAGCACUACAACCAAAUUUUCUGCUUGCGGAUGAGGGCGGGGCGCUAUCGACCAAAGUGAGCAAAAAGCUUGUCAAAGUGAGAGAUAAUGAAAUAGUUCUCUCUGUGGCCAUAUACCAAGAAAAGCGCCCAUCUCGCAAGCUACAAGAAUUCAACGUGCUAGGAUCACAAACACUUGCCACGCUACGAGAUGCCAUAACGUGUGGUUCUGACAUAUGGAUGGAUUCACCCAGUCAAGCGAGCCAGGCCAGUCAGGUACGCCAAGCUCGUGCAGCAGGUCUGCAGAAUGAACCAAGAGAUACCGGAUUGACCAUGACGGAGGUAGUGCGGCAAAGGGCUAAAAAAAGACAAUAUCCAAGCUACUUCUUCAUCAACAAAUGCUUCUAUUCCGAUACUCGUCAUCCUGAAGUCAAAAAUCGUGUUGAUGAUCCUUUUUUUGUGCGCAGCGAUAUUAUCAAGUGGAUUAAUGAGAAUGAACGAUACAAGCAGCGACACUUGGCGGGUAUUUCCAAGCAAAAUAUGCAAUCGGUCAAGUUUCAAGAUUUGGAGAUACAGUUGAAUUAUCCUUACUUGUUCUGUCAUCAAGAUGUUUGCAAACACAUUCUCGUUUUUAAAGACAUAUGGUUACAUGGGCAACGAGACGAAAUAGAUGCCGCAGCGUAUCCUCUUUUAACUUACCAAUGUAGAAUGGCUAGAAGCAAAUGCCACAUGUGCCAGUACUGGCCCGCCGAUCGAUGUUAUGUGCCAUUUCACUAUGACAAACAAGGGAAAAAACUGUGGGACCACGAAGUUCGCACCUACGCACUGUAA